AGCCGCUCGGCAGGUAUGAACAUGAAAGCUUGCUUUAUUUACAACGCAUGUUAAAAGACCUGCGAUGUAAGUAGGCCAUGCAUUCCACCAGUACUGCCACAUCCACGGACACAAAUCACCAUGCAUCCGUUAACCUGGAGUAACGAAGUCCAUUCCUGCCAGUUUUCGCCACCCAUUAUUUCACGUGAGGGGGAGGUUGAGGAUGAAAAUGGGGACUCCAGUUAUAACGGUAAAGAUGCGAUCAAGCGGGGAAGACCUAGGGCCGACGCUAUAUCAUCGUUAAUACAAGAAGGGAAUUCAUCAAGGAGCAGAAUUCGCUGUCAGAUUUGUAGUCGGGUGUUUCCUCGCGAGAAAUCACUUCAGGCGCACCUGAGAACACAUACAGGUGAGCGUCCGUAUUCGUGUGAUUUCCCGGGAUGUGGCAAGGCCUUCUGUCAGAGUGGGCAGCUGAAGACACACCAGCGUCUUCACACAGGAGAAAAGCCCUUCGCCUGCUCCGUACAAGAUUGCCAAAGUCGCUUCACGCAUGCUAACCGCCACUGUCCGGACCACCCGUAUGCUUCCCUGCAGCGGGUAGAGACAGACAUUACGUCAUCCCCCACCUUCAAAAGUAACAGCUACGAAGUUCAACAGUGGCUGAUACGGUAUGAUGCCCAGCGCAAGGAACGAAGUCAACUCAAGUCACCUGUAAAACGUCGCCUCUACGACGACAAAGACGAUGAAGAAAACCUUGAGGCUAAAAAGAGCGGGCAUAUGUCGCUGACCUCCCCUUUACAGCAGACUGAACAAAGAGACAAAUGGAUCUCUGCACUGGCUCUCAUAGAACUCGCCCGCGGCGUCGUGUCAUGACAUCGUUAUCCGUCCAAUGUCUUCACAAUAUUUAUGGAUUUUGCUAUACAAUUUGCUUUUAUAAUGGAAGUUUAUUUAUUCCUGAGGUGUUCAAUGCUUGGCAAUUUUUGAGCUCAGCAUUCCGUGAUGCUGCCGUCCAUUUCCAAUAUUGCUCCAUAUCAUUGUAAUGAUAUUGUCAAUGACAUCGCAAAGCAUAAUUAUUUUCACCCCAACAGUGGGUGCCAUUCCUUUAUGUUACUCAAGUUUGUGUAUCCUAAAUGCCAUCCGUCCUAACAUAUUUAUGAUCUAUUUAAGUUUUUGACUCCGUCCGAACAUAUUAAUACCCGAGUCAUUUCUAGCUGUCCGUCCUAACAUACAGGUACCCGAGUCAUCUCUAAUUGUCCGUCCAGCUGAUGUAUGAAGUGGUGCUUGUUUCUUGCUAAAUUAUAACCAGGAUCAUAGUUUUCAUUUAUACAACAUUUGUUAUACAUAUCCUAACUAUUUAUUUGUAUUGGACCUACCCUCAUUUUUGUUUUGUUUUGACUUUGGAAGAAACUUGAAACAUUCCAAGAAGACCGUCCGAGGAAAUACUGCAAUAGUGAAUGUGAAGUAGGCUCAAGUACAUGUCCUCUCUUCGGAGGGAGAGUGUAAGGUGUAUAUUUUGUCCUUUUUUUAAUGAUGUCCGGUUGUAGAAGUAUCACUUGGUAGUUAACUGUUGUCAUUUCAUAGAACAUCCUAUUUUCAUUAUUAACUGGUGCUUUUACUAUCAUAAUGCUAACCAAAACAAGGCAACACUUAGAUCAUUCCUAGAAAUUGAUGUGUUCAUAGUGUCGUUUGUGUCCCAUUUACAGUAAGUCAUCCACAUUGUAAGAAUAUCCUUCAUAUACUACUGAAAAGAAGUUAAACAACACCCAAUUCUUUAUAUUGCAAAGAAACAAACCAUCCAUGUGAAUUAAUUUUUAAGCAGUAAUAUAUAACUUUAUUAUCCCCUAGUGUAACUUCUCGUGUAAUUUAUUAUCAGAAACUUUGUGCAGAGAUUUCACUUAGCACAAUACAAUCUUAUUAAAAUCAGAUCUUUGUGCUCCCUACUGCUCCACAAAGCUUUAGCGAGAACUAAGAUCUGCUAUAAAUGAGAUUGAGAACAAUAUGACAUGGAAGAUGAACUUGUGUGCAUGUCUCACAAAGCUUGGAUUUGAUAGGACACUCAAUUUAGCUGUGAGGGAAAACCCAUCCUGGUUUAUUUAAGGCAGGGAGAUAAUGUAACUUUUCUUUAUACAAUGGCACUGCUGCUUUUAAUGCAAUGUAUAAGUCAUGACCAAAUCAUGAAGAUUGCUUUUUAAACCUUGAUAACAUUGUUUCAUUAAAAAAAACAAUCAAAAUAUGUGAAUCAAUUUAAUAUUAUCAACAUAUUUCAUUUACUGUUACUGUAUCUAGAAUCAGGUCACAAUAUGUAUUGAUGUGGUUAUAAUAUGAAAACAAUGUCACAAUCAUAAUCUGUUGUUUUUAUCUAAUAUUAUCUGUAUUAAUUCAGAUUGAAACUAAAGAAAUAUUGAAUCAAAAUAAGAACAUCUCAAACCUAUCAUGAACAUUCUAAAAAACAUAUCAUUACAUUUCUUCACACCAUAAUGUACUUAAUGUCAGAAGUAUAAACUGACAAUGUCCAUGGUACCUCCCACCAAUGUUGUAUACACUACGUAGCCCACGUUCCAAACUGUCCAUUGACGCCACCAUCCAAUGCCAUCUCCGUCCUUCAUUCCUACAGUAUCUCGAGGCAGUAGUCUCCCUUCCAACCCAGAAUGGACAACGGUGCAAAUAUUCCUGUAGAUUUCAUGUCUCCAUGUGUCACAAGUAUCCGUGUUAUAUUUUCAAGAGAAAUGUGUGGUAAUAUAUUUAAUGUUUUUAAGUUCAUCAACCUCCUGCAUUCCAUCCUAUUUAAAACAAUGUGUUCGUGUGUUAGAUGCUGUAGAGGCAUAUAUGUUCUACAUAUAUUGAUGUGUGUUCUGUGAUUGUGUGAUGUGUCAUGUGGUGAUUAUUAACCCUUACCCUGUCAACCAACACCAUGAAAGUUAUCUGUCAGAACAUAUCUAGACAUAUGACCCUUAUGAUGUUAAGUCCCUAGACAUGGCCUGUAUGAUGUUAAAUCCCUAGAUAUGACCUGUAUGAUGUUAAAUCCCUACACAUGACCUGUAUGAUGUUAAGUCCCUAGACAUGGCCUGUAUGAUGUUAAGUCCCUAGACAUGACCUGUAUGAUGUUAAAUCCCUAGACAUGACCUGUAUGAUGUUAAAUCCCUAGACAUGACCUGUAUGAUGUUAAGUCCCUAGACAUGACCUGUAUGAUGUUAAGUCCCUACACAUGACCUGUAUGAUGUUAAGUCCCUACACAUGACCUGUAUGAUGUUAAGUCCCUAGACAUGACCUGUAUGAUGUUAAAUCCCUAGACAUGACCUGUAUGAUGUUAAGUCCCUAGACAUGACCUGUAUGAUGUUAAAUCCCUACACAUGACCUGUAUGAUGUUAUGUCCCUACACAUGACCUGUAUGAUGUUAUGUCCCUAUACAUGACCUGUAUGAUGUUAAGUCCCUAGACAUGACCUGUAUGAUGUUAAAUCCCUACACAUGACCUGUAUGAUGUUAAGUCCCUAGACAUGACCUGUAUGAUGUUAAAUCCCUAGACAUGACCUGUAUGAUGUUAAGUCCCUACACAUGACCUGUAUGAUGUUAAGUCCCUAGACAUGACCUGUGUGAUGUUAAAUCCCUAGACAUGACCUGUAUGAUGUUAAGUCCCUAGACAUGACCUGUAUGAUGUUAAAUCCCUACACAUGACCUGUAUGAUGUUAUGUCCCUACACAUGACCUGUAUGAUGUUAUGUCCCUAUACAUGACCUGUAUGAUGUUAAGUCCCUAGACAUGACCUGUAUGAUGUUAAAUCCCUACACAUGACCUGUAUGAUGUUAAGUCCCUAGACAUGACCUGUAUGAUGUUAAAUCCCUAGACAUGACCUGUAUGAUGUUAAGUCCCUAGACAUGACCUGUAUGAUGUUAAAUCCCUACACAUGACCUGUAUGAUGUUAAGUCCCUACACAUGACCUGUAUGAUGUUAAGUCCCUAGACAUGACCUGUCUGAUGUUAAAUCCCUACACAUGACCUGUAUGAUGUUAAAUCCCUACACAUGACCUGUAUGAUGUUAAAUCCCUAGACAUGACCUGUAUGAUGUAAAGUCCCUUGACAUGACCUGUAGGAUGUUAAGUCCAAAAGGAAACAUAAUCAGCUUUGUAGGAGUUCAAAAAUAAACAUGCUUAAGUCAUUAACUAAUAAAUAAAUGCCUUGACUUGCAAAAGAUAUAUGAUUAUGCAACAAGUCCAGUGCUGCCAGUCUGUGCAUCCUGAUAUCAAGUAUCAACCUGUCACUACACAAUAGAUACAAUAUGACUUGUCCAAGCAGUGCCCAGAGCUCAGAGGGGGGGUGGGCUAGCCUAGUGGUUAAAGGGUUCUCCUGUCUCACCGAAGUCCCAGGUUUAAUUAAUAUUGCCAAAAGUGGCAUAAUACCCAACUCCACUACAAAGUGCAGUCAUAUUUUACCCCUGUGAGCAUAUGAUUUCCCUUCGUGAUAUUAGCAUUGGAUCAGGUCGUUCUUUCUACAUGUAGUGUUCAUGAGACAGGAAUAUGCUACAUUGUACAAAUUCCGUGUAUCGCUAGCUACCUACUACAGAACUAUGGUCGCCAUUUCUCAGUUCAGUAUGGAGCUACAGGGUUAAUGUUACCACAUAUCGGGUUCAAAUGUGCUUUCCAAUCCCUAAAUACCAAAAAGUAUAUUUCAAUUAUACUCUGAAAUGUUUGUCAACUUCAGUGAAGGUCACCAUUGAAGAAUAAUACCAGUCCGUUAUUCACGGUCCAGUGACCCCUAUUCAUACCCUGAUGUUUAUACUAGAUAUCCAUCUGAGUCAUUAUUUUUAUCUGUUUGAGGAUCAAUUCUUACUCCAAUCAGCCACAUGGUAUUAGUCUGUCAUCAAUACUGUUCAGAUUCAGUGUAACAGCUCAAAUAAUGGUAUGCAUGUACAGGUAAAGUGUGACUUUCCAAACAUUCUGAUACGCUAUAUUCCUGACGACUAUUUCUGCUUGUGUUGACAGGGCAAUGGUGUUUUGUAGUUUUUAUAUAGAGCUGUACACUGUACCAUAAUCCAGUCCUGUCCACCAGUCAACUAGUUCCAGGUUCUUUGUGAUAUUUUGACUUAUAAAUCUACAACCGUGUACAAUAAUAAUUGUAUAUAUCAUACACAUGUAUUUAUUUUCCAUUUAUUUAUUUAAUGCAUAAUUAAUCCAUGAAUUUCAUUUCAGACCCUAGAACAUUUAUAAAGAGUGCAAUGAAGUUUCAUAAUACCACUUCCAUGAGGUUAAUUACCUGUUUUUGUGAUGUAAACUGUAAGUUUCUUAAAGCUGCUUAGGAUCAGAUUGUCACUGAAGGUUAUCCUGUCAAAAGCAUAGUAAAGGAUUUGUUUCAAUAGAGAAAUAUCCCGAGGAACAAGUCAAGCAGCCCCAUACUGGGUAUAAGGCCACACAUUUUUUAUUUUUUUGUUUCACAUGCCCGCCGCCUCUACUGAAAAAAAGCUGGACAAGAAAUAAAUUAAACAUAACAAUAUUUAUUUUUAUUAUGUCUCCUGCGAGUAAUAUAGUUCCUCUUAUACUACACAAUAUGUUACAUACUAUAUCACUAUCGGUGAUUCAAGAAGCCAGCUGCAGUUUUGACACUACUACAGAAUGACUUUCAAAUCAAUAAAUGAUUAACAUAGCUAUUUAUGUUUUGACCGACCUUGAGUGGAAAAGCUGGAAUAAAUCUGUGAAAAACAAAAUUUAAAAAGUGUGGCCUUAGCAACUGUAUUUAAUUUCCCUGUGACUCCAUUCAAGACUCCAUAGAACUCUUAACUUUUCCAUUACCGAUGUUCAAUACAUUUAUUGACUAAAACCAAUCUUGUAUUUUAGUUUGAAAAGAAUGACAUUUUAUUUAGUCCAUAGCCAAUGAUAUUUGACUACAGGAUUUUCACCUGCCUCUCUCACAUGAUGAUAUGCAAUAUAGAUAUUUAUCCCCUCCACUCCAAGCUGGUCCUAGAUUGUCACCAGGGUCAGGAAUCAUUCAGAACAUAUUGAUGAAAUCUCUUUCAUGUGUGGCCUACUGUAACGAGAAACAGGAUGAGAGGCCACACCUGCAUUCAUCUGGGAUACCAACAAGCACAAUCAAUCCCAGUCUGUGGGUGCUGUAUCUGUCCAGUGAGAGAAACAGUUGUAGAAGCAGCUUUGAACAGUAUUUACAUCAUAUUGCAUGUAGAAUUCCUGUGACAGGAAAAUCUGACGUGUGGUGUCAGUCUGGAUGCUGACAGACCAGGGUUCAUCCUGCAUUGUGGGUUGCUGUACUUUGUCCAUGGGGUUUGUCAUGAGGUGUACCAUAUUCGCCGUAUUAAGUGCACCGCUCAAAUCAGCACCUCCUGGCCAACUUCUAAACCCAAGUUUGCAAGUUGUCUUUCUACAACGUAAACGCCCUGUUCUACGCCCAAAACUAUUUUUGGACAGAAUGUACAGCUGUGUAGACAGGAUGUAUAUCCUACAGGCUGACAUUGAGUUUUCACACAUUGCUGGCAUGUUAACACUGGAGAAAAGGCAUGUUCUAAGUGCCCAGGACACUUAUUAUGGCAAAUAUGGUAUGUCAUAUUCCAUGUGAUUAUUUAUAUUUUGUAAUAUCCAGUGUGUUUUUUGUGGACUGGGUUAUGGCACUUGUUUUGUUUGGUUGUAGCAUACAUUACCUGACAAUUUGUGGGUUUUCUAUUUCGUUGGUAGUGCUAACAUUUAUAUUGGGCUUCAAACCAUGGCCGCAAUCAACCCAAGGCAAUAUUUGAUGUGUUCAUACAUUUUCACUCACUCAUGAGAUACAAAGGUUAGAAUAUACAAUUUAUACAAUUUAUAGAAUCCAUUGCAUGAAUUCAUAAAGACAUAUAGUCACGUCAAAAUUUAAUUAAAUGGACAAUGUGAUACAAAAGAUAUAUUUCAAAUCAACCUUUCAGCAACGACUUUGCAAAUUUUACUUUACAGAUUCAUCUAUACUACUCAAAGGAAGUUAAGGACCACCAAUUCUUUAAUAUUACUGUAGUUAGUCUGUCAUGGCAUGACAGAUUCACUACAGUAAAAUGAAAGAAUGAUUAUUUUGAGCAGUAUAGUAUGAACCAUCUACUGCAUAAAUUUUUGUAUUUUGAUGUAAUGGACCUUAAACCAAAAGUCAACUUCUAAACAUGUAACUGGUUUUCCUGUAACAUGUCUGUAACAUGUAACUGGUUGGCCUGAAACCUGUAACUGGUUGGCCUGUAACAUGCCUGAAACCUGUAACUGGUUGGCCUGUAACAUGCCUGUAACAUGUUGUGUCAGCAUAAUCUAUGAAGGUCUGUCACCUGCUUCAUCUACUGUUUGACGUUUGCUGUAUGUAGAAUUUUGAUAUGUACAUUUCCACAUUAACCCUACGUAACCUACUAUCAUCACAAUUUACAUGUUUGUUUAGUGCAUGGGCAAUGGUUUGAAGUCAAAGUAAUCCAGAGGUUUGUCACCUGUGAGUAUAUCGCAAAAGAAAUAUUUUAUAACAAGGGAACAGUUCCUUAUAACUUGUUUUUGAAUUUUUGUAUUUACAGACACAUUAGCUGUAAUAAAGUUAUAACAGAUA